CACACAAUAUGGGCUCAUAUUUAUAGUUGCAUUCAAUUAAUUACAGAACGAGGAGUCGGUGGCAAACAAGUUGAAUGUGAAGCAGAGCUGUUCCCAUAGCGAGGAGCUGUCGUAUAUAUUUGGUGCCCCCCUUUCCUAUCACUUAUUGGGAAAAUCAAUGACACAUUUCGCUACUAAUUAUAGUAGAGCUGAAGUCACUCUUUCGGAAGCUUUAAUGACUUAUUGGAUUAAUUUCGCUAAAUUCGGUGAUCCCAACGUUUGGCCCGAAAAUAGCGAUUCAUUACAACGAAGCGAUCGAUUUGACAGUGAAAGCAAAGAGUCUUCAAAUUCAAAAAUAGGUUACGAGUCAGUCGUAUGGCCCACAUAUGACCCCAUCCAACGAAAAUAUGUAACUUUAGGUCUUAAGCCUAAAGUACGCGACCACUACCACAGCCAUCGGCUGUCGUUUUGGCUCAACCUUAUCCCUCGUCUCCAUAAUCCGGGCGAAGAGCAGGUCUACCUUCGCCACCAUUUGCUCACAGAUCACGAGGAUCUGUCCACUUAUGACGGCGUCGUCAGGCAAAUAGCGUACAAAUUUCUGGCACCACUGCCCACUGUGUCCCAGAAUAUCGUGAUCAGCGCCACCACCGAGUUAGUCCAUCACAUGUCCUCCACGAUCAUCACCACCGAAGUGGUCGAACUGACCACGACGUCCAUCACGGAUAUCAACCAUCCGACGGCAUUUCCGGCCAAAAACAUUAACAACACGACCACAACGUCAGUGAUACUGCAGAAUGAGAACUACUCGACCGCACUGACCAUCACGAUAGGCAUCGGGUGCUCACUACUCAUACUAAAUAUGCUUAUAUUUGCCGGCGUCUACUAUCAGCUGGAUAAAAAUAGAAAUAUUGCUCAAAACAACUCCAAUCAAAAGUCCAACAAAAAUGAAGACUCCGUUAGUAUUAAUUUUUUUUAUCUUUUUUCAAACACG